UUCUCAUCAUCAUGUUUUUUUUACAUGUGACCACAAAAAUUCGAUGGAUGUGGACGUAAGAAAUCCGGAUAAAAGACGUAAAUUUGCCGCCUGGUUAAGUAUCGGUGUUUUUGGCGGCUUAGCCACUGGUCUAGUCACCAUUACAUUGCCAUUUAUAAUACCAGCAUUUCGUAAGAUUGUUCUUCCCUAUGUGCCGGCAACUGUAGAACAAAUAGAAAAUGUUUUGAAAGCCGUCAAUUAUCGACGGCCAUUCGAACAACAACAGCAACAACAAAACAGUCCCGAUUCGGAUACAAAAUUAAUCGAUCUGGGUAGUGGUGACGGCCGAAUCGUAAUCGCAUGUGCACAGCAAGGAUUCCGUUCAUAUGGUGUCGAGCUUAAUCCAUGGCUGGUUAUUUAUUCCAAAUAUUGUGCCUAUCGUCAAAAUGUACACAAAUUGGCUACAUUUCAACGUAAAAAUUUAUUCAAAGUUAAUUUGGCCGAUUAUGAUAAAAUCAUUAUCUUUGGUGUUCCAAGUAUGAUGCCAUUGAUUGAACAAAAAAUACGUGAUGAUUGUGAUCUACGGCAACGAUCAACAACAUUGAUUGCUUGUAGAUUUCCAUUACCAAAUUGGCAUCCAUACAUGACAUUCGGCACCGGUAUCGAUCAGGUAUGGUUAUACAAAUAUUAUCCAUCACAUUAUUCGUCACACAUGGUUCAUAAUAAAAAUAUGAUGAUGAAAAAAUAAUUCAACAAAUGAUUAUAUUACAACAAUUAUUCAUCCGAUGAAUGUUGCUGUUCCAUUUCAAGAUCAAACCAUUUAGUAAUGGGAAGUUUAGCAUCCAAAUAAUCACUAAAAUACAUUUCAACGUGACCAAUGAUUGAUUUAUUUUUUUUGAACAAACUUUCCGAUCGGCUCAAUACAACCAAUUUGA